AUGAAGAGAAAGGCAGAAAGCCAUGCUUCUGGCAAAAAAGCCGGCAGCAAGAAGGCCAAGACUUCCAUUAGCCCAGAGGACGCAAAGAAGCGCUUCCGCAAUGGCCUCUUCGACGACUCCGUUCUCAAGUCAUAUACCACCGAAUACGCUGAAUCCUCGCCAUAUAAACAUGCCGUCAUCCACAAGCUCGUCGACGACAAGCUCCUCCGGUCGGUUCGAGACGAAGUCCGCGAAAACGUACAAUUCACCCCGAAAGAGACCGAUAUUUACAAGAUCCACCAAUCUGGUGACCUGGCCAACUUGGAUGGCCUCGACGACGAGUCUCUUGCCAAGCUGCCCUCUCUCCUUUCCCUCCGCGAUGCCAUCUAUUCUGAGACUUUCCGAAACUAUGUCUCCAGCAUCACCAACUGCGGCCCGCUGAGUGGCAAGAAGACAGACAUGGCCAUCAACAUCUACACUCCCGGCUGCUACCUGCUCUGCCAUGACGACGUCAUUGGCAGCAGACGAGUCAGUUACAUUCUCUACUUGACAGAUCCCGACAUCCCGUGGAAGCCCGAAUGGGGUGGCGCAUUGCGUCUGUUCCCCAUCCAGGAAAUCAAAAACAAGGAUGGCGACGUUGCCAAGACGCCGCUGCCAGACGUGGUCAAGGUCAUCCCGCCUGCGUGGAACCAGCUUAGCUUCUUCGCCGUCCAGCCUGGCGAGAGUUUCCACGAUGUCGAGGAGGUGUACCACGCAGAGACAAAGAAGCAGCUAGAGAAGGAAGGUGGCCGUGUCCGCAUGGCCAUCAGUGGCUGGUUUCACAUCCCCCAAGUUGGAGAGGAAGGCUACAUUGAGGGAGAGGAGGAGAGGAACGCAAAGAACAGCGGCCUCAUGCAGCUUCAGGGCAAUCCUGCUCAGUACGAUGCGCCGCAGGCCAACCCUGUCGCGAUCAAGAACCCAGAGAGCAGCGAGGCUGAAUUUGAGGAGGCUGAUCUGGAAUUCCUGCUGCAGUACAUUGCGCCAACGUACCUGACACCCGAUACGCUGGAGCAAGUGUCUGAGCAUUUCGAAGAGAACUCGAGCAUUACUCUUGCAGACGUCUUGUCCAAGAAGUUUUCCAAACGCGUCCAGGAUUACAUCCAGGCGCAGGAAAAGGCCUCUCUCCCCGAAGACAGUGCAGCUAUCGAGAAGUCUUCUGCCUGGAAGGUGUCCAAGCCGCCUCACAAGCACAGAUAUCUCUACCAGCAGCCUUCUACCAAAUCUAGCAAAUCCUCAGAUGAAUCACCAAUCACAGAGCUACUGGACAAGCUCUUCCCGAGUGAUCAAUUCCGCCGCUGGCUGCAAGUAGCCACCGGCUGCACCAUUGAGAACCACGACGUCCUUGCCCGCAGAUUCCGCCGCGGAAUGGACUACACUCUUGCCACGGGCCAUGAGGGCAAGGCUCGUCUGGAGCUCAACCUGGGUCUCACACCAACAACUGGCUGGGGAGACGUCGCCGACGAAGAAGAAGAGGAAGAGGAAGAGGUAGAAGCCAAGCCCAACGGAAAGAACAAGAAGAAGAACAAGGGCAAGGGCAAAGGAAAAGCAAAGGCUGUUGAGAAAGAGCCAGAGGAAGCUGCCGAAGUCGGCGGUCACGAAGUUUACAUGGCUGGUGAUGACGACAAUAACGAAGACGCCGCGGUGUACAAGUCGAGCGGAGAUGACGACAACAUUUUGUUUUUCCAGGCUGCUGCGUGGAACAAGAUGACGCUUGUUCUGCGUGAUAGCGGUGCUCUCAAGUUUGUCAAGUAUGUGAGCAAAAAGGCCAAUGGCGAUAGGUGGGACAUCUCUGGUACAUUUGAUGUAGAGGAGCCAGACGAGGACGAGGAAGGCGAUGAGGACGAGGAGGAUGGGGAUGAGGAAGAAGAUGAAGACGACGAGGCAGCAGGCUCAGGAGAAGACGAGUUUGAGGGUUUCUCGGACUAG